AUGGAAUCCGUCACGAGAGCAAUGACAUUACCUGUGCAGUUCACUGCCUUCAAUCUCCCUCCUUCACAUAACACCGAACAGGAAACCAGAUGGCCACACAUUUUCAUCUCCUCUCACCACUUCUCCUCCUCCUCUUUACCAUUUCUUCAGGACCCAAAUUAUCAGAAUGUGCAAGAAUUUUUCACAAUAGUAAACAACUGUAGAUACACAAUCUGGCCGGCAAUUACACCGGGCGAAAACUUCAACGGUGGAGGUUUUGCAUUAAAAUCCGGCCAAUCUAUCGUCUUCAAUGCACCAGUUGGAUGGAGCGGACGCAUUUGGGGCCGAACCGGCUGCAAGUUUGACAAAAACGGCAACGGUUCAUGCCAGACAGGUGCAUGCGGCACGUCUCUCAAGUGUAAAGCCUCAGGCGAACCUCCAGCUUCACUUGCCGAAUUUACGCUCGCAGUUCUCGAUUUUUACGACGUUAGUCUAGUUGAUGGGUUUAAUUUGCCUGUAGUUGUUACACCCAUUAACGGUAGGGGAAACUGUACGAUCGCCGGCUGCGACACUGACCUCCGACCAAAUUGUCCGCCGGAGCUCGCCGUUAAAUCUAACGGAAAGAUUAUAGCUUGCCGGAGUGCUUGCGACGUUUUCGACACCGAUGCAUAUUGCUGUAGGGGUGUUUAUGGAAAUCCAGUAGUUUGUCAACCUACGUAUUACUCCAAGAAGUUCAAGCAAUCUUGUCCAACUGCGUAUAGUUAUGCAUAUGAUGAUCCUACCAGUAUUUUUACAUGUUCAGGAACUGAUUACGUUGUUUCUUUCUGCUCUUCCAGGAAGCAGACGGUUUGUACUUACCAUAAUCAGAGGUUGGCCUGCAGCAACAAUGGAUCACAUAGCUUCAACCAAUUGAAUGGAAGAUGGUGGCUUCUGAUGCUCGCUGCGUUGUUAAUGCUUCAUAUGCCACUUGAUUUGUGAUAUUGAGAAGAAAAAGAAAGGACAUUGAACAUUCUUUUCCUAGUGAAACUCACUCUCAGAGACUUUUAUGGCCUAAUUAUUUCAGAGGAAUAUAUAUACAUAUGUGUAUAUAUAUAUAUAUGCACACAUACAGAUAUAUGUAACCAUGUCUUUGGGUAGGCCUCACAAUUGGGUGAAGAUAAGAAUUCAUUUCCUUUACUCCAAUAAUCAAUUAUUUUUAGAGCCAACAGUGA